CCCGGCGCCCCGGGCCAUGGCUUUUGCCAAUUUCCGCCGCAUCCUGCGCCUGUCUACCUUCGAGAAGAGAAAGUCCCGCGAAUAUGAGCACGUCCGCCGCGACCUGGACCCCAACGAGGUGUGGGAGAUUGUGGGCGAGCUGGGCGACGGCGCCUUCGGCAAGGUUUACAAGGCCAAGAAUAAGGAGACGGGUACUUUGGCUGCGGCCAAAGUCAUUGAAACCAAGAGUGAGGAGGAGCUGGAGGACUACAUCGUGGAGAUUGAGAUCCUGGCCACCUGUGACCACCCCUACAUCGUGAAGCUCCUGGGAGCCUACUAUCACGACGGGAAGCUGUGGAUCAUGAUUGAGUUCUGCCCAGGGGGAGCCGUGGACGCCAUCAUGCUGGAGCUGGACAGAGGCCUCACAGAGCCCCAGAUACAGGUUGUUUGCCGCCAGAUGCUAGAAGCCCUCAACUUCCUGCACAGCAAGAGGAUCAUCCACCGAGAUCUGAAAGCUGGCAACGUGCUGAUGACCCUUGAGGGAGACAUCAGGCUGGCUGACUUCGGUGUGUCUGCCAAGAAUCUGAAGACUCUACAGAAACGAGAUUCCUUCAUCGGCACUCCUUACUGGAUGGCCCCCGAGGUGGUCAUGUGUGAGACCAUGAAGGACACGCCGUACGACUACAAAGCCGACAUCUGGUCCCUGGGCAUCACGCUGAUUGAGAUGGCCCAGAUCGAGCCGCCACACCACGAGCUCAACCCCAUGCGGGUCCUGCUAAAGAUCGCCAAGUCGGACCCUCCCACGCUGCUCACGCCCUCUAAGUGCAAAGAUGGCACUGAACAGCCACCCAGUGCCUCUUACUGGAGAACUGGGCGGUCAACCUGCUGGUGGCUUGUGAGGACAGUCUCUGUGCAUCCCUUUGUCAGCAGCAUCACCAGUAACAAGGCUCUGCGGGAGCUGGUGGCUGAGGCCAAGGCCGAGGUGAUGGAAGAGAUUGAAGACGGCCGGGAUGAGGGGGAAGAGGAGGACCCCGUGGAUGCCACCUCCACUCUGGAGAACCAUACUCAGAACUCCUCUGAGGUGAGUCCGCCAAGCCUCAAUGCUGACAAGCCUCUCACGGAGCCAUCUUCCACCCCGCUGGCACCCAGCCAGUCUCAGGACAGUGUGAAUGAGCCCUGCAGCCAGCCCUCUGGGGACGAAUCCCCCCAAACCACCAGCGCCCCAGUCGUGGCCCCUGGAAAUGAGAACGGCCUAGCAGUGCCUGUGCCCCUGCGGAAGUCCCGACCUGUGUCAAUGGAUGCCAGAAUUCAGGUAGCCCAGGAGAAGCAAGUUGCUGAGCAGGGUGGGGACCUCAGCCCAGCAGCCAACAGAUCUCAAAAGACCAGCCAGAGCCGGCCCAACAGCAGCGCCCUGGAGACCUUGGGUGGGGAGAAGCUGGCCAAUGGCAGCCUGGAGCCCCCUGCCCAGGCAGCUCCAGGCCCUUCCAAGAGGGACUCGGACUGCAGCAGCCUCUGCACCUCUGAGAGCAUGGACUACGGUACCAAUCUCUCCGCCGAUCUGUCGCUGAACAAAGAGAUGGGCUCUCUGUCCAUCAAGGACCCAAAGCUGCACAAAAAAACCCUCAAGCGGACACGCAAAUUUGUGGUGGAUGGUGUGGAGGUGAGCAUCACCACCUCCAAGAUCAUCAGCGAAGAUGAGAAGAAGGAUGAGGAGAUGAGAUUUCUCAGGCGCCAGGAACUCCGAGAGCUUCGGCUGCUCCAGAAGGAAGAGCAUCGGAACCAGACCCAGCUGAGUAACAAGCACGAGCUGCAGCUGGAGCAAAUGCACAAACGUUUUGAACAGGAAAUCAACGCCAAGAAGAAGUUCUUUGACGUGGAAUUAGAGAACCUGGAGCGUCAGCAGAAGCAGCAAGUGGAGAAGAUGGAGCAAGACCAUGCCGUACGCCGCCGGGAAGAGGCCAAGCGGAUCCGCCUGGAGCAGGAUCGGGACUAUGCCAGGUUCCAAGAGCAGCUCAAACUGAUGAAGAAAGAGGUGAAGAACGAGGUGGAGAAGCUCCCCCGACAGCAGCGGAAGGAGAGCAUGAAGCAAAAGAUGGAGGAGCAUACGCAGAAAAAGCAGCUUCUUGACCGGGACUUUGUAGCCAAGCAGAAGGAGGACCUGGAGCUGGCCAUGAAGAGGCUCACCACCGACAACAGGCGGGAGAUCUGUGGCAAGGAGCGCGAGUGCCUCAUGAAGAAGCAGGAGCUGCUUCGAGACCGGGAAGCGGCCCUGUGGGAGAUGGAGGAGCACCAGCUGCAGGAGAGGCACCAGCUAGUGAAGCAGCAGCUCAAAGACCAGUACUUCCUCCAGCGGCACGAGCUGCUGCGCAAGCAUGAGAAGGAGCGGGAGCAGAUGCAGCGCUACAACCAGCGCAUGAUAGAGCAGCUGAAGGUGCGGCAGCAGCAGGAAAAGGCGCGGCUGCCCAAGAUCCAGAGGAGUGAGGGCAAGACGCGCAUGGCCAUGUACAAGAAGAGCCUCCACAUCAGCGGCGGGGGCAGCGCAGCUGAGCAGCGCGAGAAGAUCAAGCAGUUCUCCCAGCAGGAGGAGAAGAGGCAGAAGUCGGAGCGGCUGCAGCAACAGCAGAAACACGAGAACCAGAUGCGGGACAUGCUGGCGCAGUGCGAGAGCAACAUGAGCGAGCUGCAGCAGCUGCAGAAUGAAAAGUGCCACCUCCUGGUAGAGCACGAGACCCAGAAGCUGAAGGCGCUGGAUGAGAGCCAUAAUCAGAACCUGAAGGAAUGGCGGGACAAGCUUCGGCCGCGCAAGAAGGCUCUGGAAGAGGAUCUGAACCAGAAGAAGCGGGAGCAGGAGAUGUUCUUCAAGCUGAGCGAGGAGGCGGAGUGCCCAAACCCCACCACCCCAAGCAAGGCCGCCAAGUUCUUCCCCUACAAUUCUGCGGAUGCUUCUUAACAACCGCCCGGGGCUCUGGCUGGCAGCUUGGUGGGCCCCAGGGCCUUCUCCUUCAUUCUCUGUGAACAUGUAACUCAGGACCCCUUUUCCCUCUUGCGUCUGUGCCAGCUCAAAUCCAGCCCCUCGCCCUGUGCCACCCCAGCUGUGCCCGAUAGACCCGCCCCAGUGUUCCUGACUUCUCGCUGGCCUGUGGAGGGUGAGGUGUAAUGAUGACCCUAAUGUAGGUUCUCCUUGAGCCCCAGAUCCCUUCAAGCUGUAAGGGAUGGGGCUGCUGGUGGGCUCAGGGUCCAGGAGGAAUGGGUGUUCCGUGGCCUUGAGUCCUCUCCUGUUUGCCAAAAUACCAGUUUUGCUCUGUGUGGGAACAAAGCACUGCUGAUGAAGUCUCCAUGGGCUCAUCCGGGCUGGAAUUCUCUGCAGCCAUUCCCUGCAGAGUCACUGAAUCAAGUCCCUCAUAGCCAUUUCUGUUCCCAGUGGAGCCUGGCCUGCAGCUGGCUGCUCAGGAGAUGGCCUCAUUCUUCCUGUUCUCCCAGUUUGCUUUCCACUUAAGACAAGGCCAUGUCUAUGUGGGGGGCGGGGACCGGGGAGAGGGCGGCUGAAAUGUUUCUUCUGCUUCUCCAGUGUUUCAUGCCAUCUCGUGUCCCCCUUCCUGCACAUGUGUGUGAACGUACACACAUGCAUACAUACACACAGGACUUGGUCUGCUGGCCUGGCCUCUUCUGCCCAGGUGGGUUGGAACACGUUUGCUGCCUGAGCCUGUGCCACUGAGCAUGUUAGGUGGAGCAGUUGGUGUGGCGCAUGCGGGGUGUUGGCACCGGAGGCACGGAGAAGCACAGGCUGUACUGCCAGGCUGCGAUUCAUGCUGGCCCCGCACAGGCUCCUGUGUUCAGGGACUAAUUCCUCAGCACACAAGGCUUCCACAACCCAGUCUCUCCAUAGCACUCUUGCCCACCCUGUCUGCAGGUGAAACAGGAGGGCUGUUGCCCUCUGCUCCGUCCCCCCGACUGUGUUCAGGAGUCCCACCUUGCAUUUCAGACCUGGACUGGCAGUCUCUUGGACUUCUCUUCAGGAAGAAAAAGCGUCAGGGGGAAAUGGAGUGCCCCUGCCCCAGGAACAUGGCAGAAGCACAGGUUCUGUACCUCAGAUGGACCCCUGGGACUUCAGGUUCUCAGUUGGCUUCCCCCAGAUUCUGAUCCUACGGCUGCAGAGUGUAUAUAACGAAAUAAAAGCGAAUGUUUGAACUAGUA